AACUUUUGCAAUAUGAAGUCCAGAAUUAUUUUGAGACAAUUAUUAUCUCAUAAACUAAAUCAAAUCAAUAAAUCUGUCUAUAAACGAAGUUUGUGCCCAAAUUUCAUAUCACACCAUUACUGCACCAAUGAAAAGGAAGUGAAAGAGUAUGAAACUCCAAUUGAUAGGAUUCGAAAUUUUAGUAUCAUUGCACACGUUGACCAUGGAAAGAGUACUCUGGCUGAUAGGCUACUGGAGAUGACAGGUGCUAUAAAGGUCAAUUCUGGAAUGCAGGUCCUAGAUAAAUUACAAAUCGAAAAAGAAAGGGGGAUUACUGUAAAAGCACAAACUGUUACUUUGAAAUAUUUUUACGAUGGAGAAGAAUAUUUAUUAAAUUUAAUUGAUACACCAGGUCAUGUCGAUUUUGCAUCUGAAGUUUAUCGCUCCUUAAGUUCCUGUCAAGGAGUGAUUUUAUUAGUUGAUGCCAAUGAUGGUGUUCAAGCCCAAACAGUGGCAAACUUUUAUCUAGCUUUCGGUAGAGAUCUGACUAUAAUACCUGUCAUUAAUAAAAUUGAUUUAAAAAAUGCUAAUCCUGAGCGAGUAGUCAAUCAAAUAAAUUCGCUUUUUGAUAUAGAAAAAAGAGAUAUCAUUAAAAUUUCAGCAAAAAAUGGAACAAACAUUGAUCAAGUUUUAGAAGCUGUUGUUGAAAGAAUUCCUGAACCAACAGUUGACAGAAAUAAACCAUUGAAAGCAUUCAUUUUUGAUAGUUGGUACGAUCGAUACAGGGGUGCUAUUGUUAUGGUAUAUGUAAAAGAGGGAGUUUUAUCUACUGGAGACCAAAUUAUUUCUUGCUGUACAAACAAAACAUAUGAAGUGAGGAGUUUGUUUUUUUUAAGACCAGAUGAAGAAAAAGUUACAAAGAUAUUUGCUGGACAAAUUGGAUGUGUUAUUUGUGGUAUGAAAACAUCUGGAGAAGCUCAAAUAGGAGAUACAUUGUAUUCGAAAGGUUCUCCAGUAGAAGCACUUCCUGAAUUCAAAAGAGCUAAACCAAUGGUUUUUGCUGGUGUCUAUCCCAUGGAUCAAUCACAAUAUAUUUCAUUAAAAGCAGCCAUUGAAAAAUUAACUUUGAAUGAUAGUGCUGUAUCAGUAACAAGAGAAUCAAGCAUUGCUCUUGGCCAAGGCUGGCGGCUAGGAUUUCUUGGGUUACUUCAUAUGGAGGUAUUCAGUCAAAGAUUAGAUCAAGAAUAUGAUGCACAAGCAGUUCUUACUGUACCAGGUGUCACCUAUAAAGCAAAAAUUUUUGGUAGUAAAAAUAUUGCUAAAUACAGAGGAGAUGAAGUUAUAUUUAGUAAUCCAAGUGAUUUUCCAAAUCCUGUGAUUACUCAAGAAAUAUUUGAACCAAUGGUCUUAGGUACCAUAAUAACACCUGACAAGUACCUGGGUGAUGUGUUAUCUUUAUGCAUUGAAAGAAGAGGAAAAGAGAAAUCCACAAAAAAUAUAGACAAUGAAAGAAUAAUGCUGCAGUUUAUUUUACCUUUAAAUGAAAUAAUUAUAGAUUUUCAUGAUACCUUAAAGUCAAUUUCUUCAGGAUAUGCAAGCUUUGAUUACGAAGAUUAUGGAUAUGAAAGUUCAAACAUAGUUAAGAUGGAUGUAUUAUUAAAUGGAACAUUGGUAGAAGAGCUGAGUACAAUUUUGCAUUGCACCAAAGCUACUGAAAAGGGAAAACAAAUGUGUAAAAAGUUAUUAGACAUAAUACCUCGUCAGCAGUUUCUUAUUGUGAUUCAAGCAUGUGUAGGUGCAAAAAUUUUAGCCAGAGAAAACUUAAAACCCUAUAGAAAAGACGUCACUCAGAAAUUAUAUGGCGGUGAUAUUACACGCAGACAAAAAUUAUUAGCAAGACAAGCUGAAGGUAAAAAAAAAAUGAGAAUGAUAGGUAAUAUUGCAUUACCUCGUGAAACAUUUAUAAAAGUAAUGAAGAAGUAAUAAAAUUUAAUAAUU